AUGAAUACAUUCAAUAAAGAAACAACACAUUUAGUUGUUCAUUUUAUGUCACACAAAAAAUUUGAUAAGGAUAGCGAAGCAAUAGAAUUGGUUCCAUGCUCAUGGUUAAAAUUCACGGAUAAAUGGAUGUGUUAUUUCCCACCAAAAAAAGACUGGAAUAAAGUUGACAAGUGGACAAAAAUAUCCAAAAAACCAGACGAAAAUUGGAAAACAUUUGAAGUCCUAAUAUUAAAAGAAGCAGCUAAUUAUGAUCAGGGCAUGCGUCGACUUAAGAAAGCAUAUACAAACUCAGUCAUUUCUAGUACCGAUUGUGAAGAAGCAAAUGAUAAUUCUGGCAUUACA